AUGCUAGGCCUGGCUGUCCUGGGCCUCAGCCUGGCUGCUCUCCUGGACCUUGGGAUGGGGGCCUCCUUGUGCUUAUCACAGCAAUUUAAGGCACAAGGGGACUACAUACUGGGUGGGCUAUUUCCAUUGGGCUCAACUGAGGAGUCCACUCUCUACCAGAGAACACAACCCAACGGCAUCCUGUGUACCAGGUUCUCGCCACUUGGUUUAUACCUGGCCAUGGCUAUGAAGAUGGCUGUAGAGGAGAUUAACAAUGGAUCUGCCUUGCUCCCUGGGCUGCGACUGGGCUAUGACCUGUUUGACACUUGCUCAGAGCCAGUGGUCACUAUGAAGCCCAGCCUCAUGUUCCUAGCCAAGGUGGGCAGUCAAAGCAUUGCUGCCUACUGCAACUAUACCCAGUACCAGCCUCGUGUGCUGGCUGUCAUCGGGCCCCACUCAUCAGAGCUUGCUCUUAUUACAGGCAAGUUCUUCAGCUUCUUCCUCAUGCCACAGGUCAGCUAUAGUGCCAGCAUGGAGCGGCUAAGUGACCGGGAAACAUUUCCAUCCUUCUUUCGCACGGUGCCCAAUGACCGGGUGCAGCUGGAGGCUGUUGUGACUCUGUUGCAGAAUUUCAGGUGGAACUGGGUGGCUGCCCUAGGCAGUGAUGAUGACUAUGGCCGGGAAGGUCUGAGCAUCCUUUCUGGCUUGGCCAACACACGAGGUAUUUGUAUUGCACAUGAGGCCCUGGUGCCACUAUAUGGCAGUACUGACCAGCAACUGGGCAAGGUGUUGGAUAUGCUACAACAGGCAAACCAAAGCAAAGUCCAUGUGGUGGUACUGUUUGCCUCCGCCCGAGCGGUCUACUCCCUUUUCAGCUACAGCAUCCGACAUAGCCUCUCACCCAAGGUAUGGGUGGCCAGUGAGUCCUGGUUGACCUCUGACUUGGUCAUGACACUGCCCAAUGUUGCCCGGGUAGGCACUGUGCUUGGGUUUCUGCAGCGGGGCGCCCUGCUGCCUGAAUUUUCCCAUUAUGUGGAGACCCGCCUUGCCUUGGCUGCUGACCCAACGUUCUGUGCCUCACUGAAUGCUGAGUUGGACUUGGAGGAGCACGUGAUGGGGCAACGCUGCCCACAGUGUGACUCCAUCAUGCUGCAGAACCUGUCCUCGGGGCUGCUGCAGAACCUGUCCUCGGGGCAGCUGCACCACCAGAUUUUUGCAACGUAUGCAGCUGUGUAUAGUGUAGCCCAGGCCCUCCACACCACCUUACGCUGCAACGUCUCAGCUUGCCCCACAUCACAGCCUGUUCAGCCCUGGCAGCUCCUGGAGAACAUGUACAACAUGAGUUUCCGUGCUCGAGACUUGACCCUGCAGUUUGAUGGUAAAGGCAAUGUAGAGAUGGAGUAUGAUCUGAAGAUGUGGGUGUGGCAAGGCCCUACACCUGCAUUACAUACGGUAGGCACCUUCAAUGGCACCCUUCAGCUACAGUACUCCAAGAUGCACUGGCCAGACAACCAGAUGCCAGUCUCCCAGUGUUCCCGGCAGUGCAAAGAUGGCCAGGUGCGCAGAGUAAAGGGCUUUCAUUCCUGCUGCUAUGACUGUGUGGACUGCCAGGCAGGCAGCUACCGGAAGCAUCGAGAUGACUUCUCCUGUACUCCAUGUAACCAGUAUCAGUGGUCUCCAGAGAAAAGCACAAGCUGCUUACCUCGAAGGUCAAGGUUCCUGGCCUGGGGGGAGCCUGUCGUGCUGUCACUACUCCUGCUGCUCUGCCUGGUGCUAGGCCUAGCAAUGGCUGCUCUAGGGCUCUUUGUCCACCACUGGGACAGCCCUCUUGUUCAGGCCUCGGGUGGGUCACUGUUCUGCUUUGGCCUGGUCUGCCUAGGCCUUUUCUGCCUCAGUGUCCUUCUGUUCCCAGGAUGGCCACAUCCUGCCAGCUGCUUUGCCCAACAGCCACUGGCUCACCUCCCUCUCACAGGCUGCUUGAGCACACUCUUCCUGAAAGCAGCUGAAACCUUUGUGGAGUCUGAGCUGCCACUGAGUUGGGCAAAUUGGCUAUGCAACUACCUUCGGGGACCCUGGGCUUGGCUGGUUGUAUUGCUGGCCAUUCUUGUGGAGGCAGCACUAUGUGCCUGGUACUUGAUAGCUUUUCCACCAAAGGUGGUGAGAGACUGGAAGAUACUGCCCACAGAGGUACUAGAGCACUGCCGUAUGCAUUCCUGGGUCAGCCUGGGCUUGGUGCACCUCAUCAAUGCAAUACUGGCCUUCCUCUGUUUCCUGGGCACUUUCCUGGUACAGAGCCAGCCUGGUCGCUACAACCAAGCACGUGGUCUCACCUUUGCUAUGCUGGCUUAUUUCAUCACUUGGGUCUCUUUUGUUCCCCUCCUGGCCAAUGUGCAUGUGGCCUACCAGCCCGCUGUGCAGAUGGGUGCCAUUCUGUUGUGUGCCAUGGGCAUCCUGGUCACCUUCCACCUGCCCAAGUGCUAUGUGCUUCUGUGGCUGCCAAAGCUCAACACCCAGGAGUUCUUCCUGGGAGAAAGCCCCAAGGAAGCAGCAGAUGGGAGCAACAGUGGCAGGGGAGCAACUCAGGAACACAAUGAAUGA